AUGUUGUGGAUGUACACAGAUAGAGCUAAGCUGGCCAAAGCAGUUGCCGCCCUCUGUGAUGUGAAGCAUUUAUAUCUAUCGAUACAUGUAAACAAGCAGAUAGCAGAAGUAAUAGUCCGUCCAAUAUCAACCAGAGCACUUCUGGCGGGCAUCUCCAACUGA